UCGCCGCGGCUCCGGGGUACUGGUCUGGGUCCCUGCAGCCGGCCGGAGCGGCGAGAGCCCAGCCGGGCCCGGCUCCGGCGGCGGCCGCGGCUCCUUAUUGCUCCCCUCGGCCGGAGCGUCCUCGGCGGCAGUGCUGGGAGCACUCUGCUGGUCCAGGCAGGCGACAUGUCACUGCUUUUAGCAAUGUCCCUGCCUCUAACUCAGAAGCCAUGGAGGAGAUAAGGUAGCCCCCGUCCCUGGAUCAGACUGGAUGGAGAAGCACAGUUCAAUGGAUGCAAAAUAUAAGGAUGACUUAUUUUGGAAGUACGUGCAGUUCCAUGAGGGCAAAGUGGACACCACCCCCAGCAAGCAGCAGCCUGGCAGUGAUGAGUCCCUGCGGGUUACAGCCUCGACCCUACUCAGCCUGCACAAGGUGGAUCCGCUUUAUCGAUUCCGGCUGAUCCGUUUCUAUGAGGUGGUGGAGAGCUCCUUGCGCUCGCUGAGCUCCUCCAGUCUGCGGGCUCUGCACUGCGCCUUCAGCGUGCUCGAGACGGUGGGCAUCAACCUCUUCCUCUACCCGUGGAAGAAGGAAUUCAGAAGCAUCAAGACCUACACGGGGCCCUUUGUUUAUUACGUUAAGUCCACGUUACUGGAAGAGGACAUCCGAGCCAUCCUGAAUUACAUGGGCUAUGUGCCCGAGUUGGGGACUGCCUACAAGCUCAAAGAGCUAGUAGAGACCCUCCAGGUGAAGAUGGUCUCCUUUGAACUCUUUCUGGCCAAGGUGGAGUGUGAGCAGAUGCUGGAAAUCCACUCCCAAGUCAAGGACAAGGGCUACUCUGAGCUGGACGUGGUGAGCGAGCGCAAGGGCAGCGCAGAGGACGUGUGCGGCUGCUCGGACGCCCUUCGGCGGCGGGCCGAGGGCCGGGAGCACCUGGCAGCCUCCAUGGCCCGCGUGGUGCUCCAGAAGUCGGCCAGCGAGCGGGCAGCCAAGGACUACUACAAGCCCCGCGUGACCAAGCCCUCGAGGUCGGUGGACACCUAUGACAGCUACUGGGAGAGCCGGAAGCCGCCCCUAAAGGCCUCUUUGAGUCUGCGGAAGGAGCCUGCGGCAGCAGACUUGGGAGACGACCUCAAGGACGAGAUCAUCCGCCCGUCACCCUCACUCCUGACCAUGUCCAGCUCCCCCCACGGCAGCCCGGACAGUAUGCAGUCUGCCUCCCCCAGCAAUGGCCUUGGCUUGCUGCGUGGCCCGUACUUCUCCGCUCAGGAUGAUGUGGAUCUGUACACAGACUCGGAGCCCAGGGCCGCGUACCGGAGGCAGGACGCCCUGCGGCCAGAUGUCUGGGUGGUCAGAAACGACGCCCACCCCGUCUACCACAAGCGCUCGCCCCCUGCCAAAGAGUCCGCCCUCUCCAAGUGCCAAAACUGCGGUCUGUCCUGCAGCGCCUCCCUCUGCCCCCGCUGCGACAGCCUGCUCGCCUGCUCCCCAGCCUCCAAGCCCAGCGGCUUCCCCAGCAAGGCCUCUGCCCACGACAGCCUGGCCCACGGGUCAUCUCUGCGGGAGAAGUAUGUAGGCCAGACUCAGGGCCUGGACCGGCCGCCGCAUCUCCACUCAAAAUCCAAGCCCUCCCCCACAGCCACCUCCCGCUGUGGCUUCUGUAACCGCCCAGGGGCCACCAACACCUGCACCCAGUGUUCAAAAGUCUCCUGUGACGCCUGCCUCAGCGCCUACCAUUAUGAUCCCUGCUGCAAAAAGAGUGAGCUGCACAAGUUCAUGCCCAACAACCAGCUGAACUACAAGUCCACCCAGUUCUCCCAUCUCGUGUACAGAUAGACUCGAGCUUUCACCUCCCUGCUACAAGGGCUACACCACUGACCUUUCUGGAUUCACGGGGAAGAAAUGUUAAUGUAUUGAUCGUGGGACCGGCUGCACCAUGUGGGAGUUCCCUUAUUGACUCAGAUAUUUCAACUGAUGGCUGCUUUGUCGCCUGGCAAGAGAGAGGGUGGCACUUCCGUUCAGAUUCAUUUUUGCUAAUCUCUCCACUCCCUAUUCCUUUUUUUUUGUUUUUGUUUCUUAAAGAGGAUUUCCAUCUCUGGGACUCUUGCCACGCUGACCACUCCCAUGGCAGAGCCAACUUGGACUGGGAAGGGCCCUCCAGGUCCCCUCCAAAUGCCCACCUGGAGCGGAGAGCUAGAGGCCUGUUGGCUUGUGAAAUGAGCCCUCCUGCCACACCGGGCCUCAUCUACUGGCUCAUCCCUCUACCACCCCUUCCCAAACAUGAGGAUCUCCACCGGCACCUCCCGCCCAACUUCCCCGCCUCUCUACCUGUUGAAAGUGACCGGAAUCCAGGAUUUGCUGAAUGUCAUCCUGUUGCCUCCACAGCUCAGUUCAGCCAUGGGGUUUGUGAACUUUGCUCUCGUGCUCUGAAGUGUGGACCUUCCACAGUGGGACUGACUUUUCCCUCCUUUCUGUUGUUUGCACAUCCUUCUCUUACUUUACUGUAAAUAGAUAUUUUUGAGAUUUAUUUUUAAAUAAAUAUUCAACUUGCUGUGUGUUUCAAAGUGGUUAAAACAUUAAUGAUGUAGCUAUUUAUAAAAAUGCCCCAGGUUCUUUAGUCUUCCAGGGGAGGGGCUCACGCCCUUCCACUUGUAUCCUCCACUUGUAUCCUCCACGCGCCACAGCCCGAGGGUAGAGUGGAGAUGGCAGGGGCAGAGGAGGAACAGAGACACGUCCCCUGAGUUGGUGGAGAGCCACUGUCUUCCCUUCAAUAAAUCUCUAACACCUACCUCCAGUGCGCACUUAGGGGGUUAGUCCAGGCCGAGCGGUCUAUGCGCCUGCAGACUGUGACAACCUAGUGACGAUUCAGGAACCUCGCCCUGUGGAUCUCCAGCCUGGUCUGUGCUGCUUGCUGAGCGGGAACCUCGCACUGCAAACUUCUUGAGUCUCAAUUCAGAAGGAAAAUCGUUUGGGAUUCCCACCACCCCUCCAUCUCAGUCCUCUUCUCUUCACCUGUUUCCAGAACUCCUCUGACAUUUGCAACCUUUUUUGCACUAAAAGUGGGCAGGAGUCGGCGUGCGCCCAUCAGACACGUCUCCUGAGACUCUUAGCCGAGCCUCAGCGCUUCCAAAUCCGAAGCCCCUUUAAACUCCUCAUGUGAAUUACUGACCCUUUUGGGGUGCAGAGCAGGAGUGGGGCAAGAAUUUGAAAAUAAAACUGCUUCUGUGUGAACUAACAAUAUAUUUUAGCCAUAAGUGUUUGUGAUGUACAGAAUGUCAUAGGGAUUUACAUGCAGUGGAUUUUCUGAUAGAAGGAGGUAUUCAGCUCUUGAGCAGAUUUAAAUCUAGCUGAAUUCUGAGGCCACUGUGAAUUUGCUGAUGUUCCAACUCAGUUGAGAGAUUUUAAGGUUUUCAAAAUCUUCUAUGGCUCUUUUUUCUAUAUAUCUAGUAGAUCACAUGUAGAUAUUCAAUGUGUAUAUAAAGCUGAAUUUCAACCAACACUAUUACUGAGGCCCAUCCAUUCUGAGGCAUUCAUCUUUGAUGUUCUUCCUUUUCACAUUUCAGAAGUGUCAAUGCCUAUCCUACUCCUGAGUUUUCUGGUUUUCCAUUUCCAGACUGCUCUAGCACUACACAAACUUUUAACCAACCGUGAUGCCACGUAACUUACACAGCAGACAAAAGCAGGAAUAACUAACUUGUCCUGGAAGAGAAAGUCCCGUGUGUGUAUCAUCACGGAAAUACUGUGUUCGUGGACUGGAAUAGGAAAUGCUAUCACCAUGCUCCUUGGUGUGUACCUUAUUGUAUGAGGUUGCUGUGACUGAGAUAAAUAUAUGCUAAUUUAAAAAUGCAGAUGUUUUGCAUUUGAUUUCCACCAAGAGUUGAAAUGU